AUGCUGCUCCACAAGAACGCCACCGUCACCAUUUGCCACUCGCGCACCAAGGACCCGGCGGCCAUCUGCAGGGAGGCCGACAUCAUCGUUGCGGCCAUCGGCCAGCCCGAGUACGUCAAGGGCGAUUGGGUCAAGCCCGGCGCCGCUGUCAUCGACGUGGGCAUCAACUCCGUGCCCGACGCCUCGAGGAAGGCUGGCUACCGGCUGGUGGGCGACGUGGCCUUCAACGAGGCCAAGGAGGUGGCGGGUGCCAUCACCCCGGUGCCCGGGGGCGUGGGUCCCAUGACCGUGUGCAUGCUCCUCAAGCAGACCCUGGAGAGCGCCAAGAGGGUUUACUCUGCCGCCCAGUAA